ACGGACUACAUUUCCCAUACAAACCCUGUACCGGAAGUUAAGUGUUACCGUAAUUUGCUAAGAAAUGAAGUAAAAUCAGGACGCAAAGUAAGCGUGUGUGGCUGUGCACAGUAACACAGUAACAACUCUGAAAGCUGGAUGGAAGAAGCAAAAAAAAUACAUUAAAGUUGUCGACUACGCUGAGGUUAAAAGUAAAGGUAAUGCAAAUGUUGGCACCGUAUUAUUCACGACGUAUUUUUGUUAGAAAGUCGCGUAAUAACUCUUGACUCUUGAGUGUGGGAGGUUAAGGACGUCCUCAAAUAUUUUGAAAGUGUGAAGGAACAAAGGAAGAUUUCAGAUGGAAAAGAGAGGGGACAUUUAAGCUUGAACUUCUCGACCUGCGUAUGCGCUCGAGAAGUAUCAUUCGAGUGCAUCAGCCAUUGUGUUAUCCUUGACCACAUCCUAGGGCGUUACAAGUUCCUAACCCAACACGACUAUUACCAUCGCUACCUGGAGUUACUGGACACGCUUUCAUUGUUCUUCAUUUUGAUUCGUCCAUUUCUAAGCAAGAAUGUCUGAGGCCAUCAUCCACAGAAUAAAGGAGCUGGAGGGGGAACUGGAGAAGAUCAAGUCCCAACUGAACGGAGGACACAUGGAGACCAGUCCAUCCCCCAAUAAUGAGAAGACAAAUCGUAAAAAAGGGAAGAAAAAAGGCAAGGAGCGCCCGUUUGACUUCACCGCACACCCUCGUCGCCACGUCGCCCUGCGUCUGGCCUAUCUAGGAUGGGCUUACCAGGGCUUUGCCGUCCAGGAGAACACGGACAAUACGGUGGAGGCCAGGCUCUUCGAAACCCUCCUUAAGACGCGCCUCAUCCAGGACCGCCAGAGCUCCAACUAUCACCGGUGUGGACGCACAGACAAAGGCGUUAGCGCCUUCUCCCAGGUGAUUACAAUCGACCUGCGCUCCACACAGUAUUCCGGUUUGGGCGUCACAAUUCCUGAUAAUGCCCCAAAAGACGCCGCGGCCGCCUCAGAGCUUCCCUACGUGAAGAUGCUGAACAGAAUCCUCCCUCAUGACAUUCGUAUUUUAGACUGGGCCCCCACCGCCGAGGGUUUUAGCGCACGCUUCGAUUGCCAGUCCCGCACGUACCGCUACUACUUCCCGCGCGGCUCCUUGGACGUAGCGUUGAUGGCGGACGCGGCCAAAAGGUACGAAGGCACCCAUGACUUCCGGAACCUGUGCAAGAUGGACGUGGGCAACGGCGUCCUGCAGUUCGAGAGGACCAUCCUGUCGGCAACGGUCAAGCCGGCGGACCCCCAACGAGUAGACGCCGCAGACCCGCACGACUUGUUCGUGUUUGAGAUUAAAGGACUCGCCUUCCUCUACCACCAGGUUCGCUGCAUGAUGGCUGUCCUCCUCCUGAUUGGACAGAAGCUGGAAGCACCAGAAAUAAUCCACAGCCUCCUCGAUGUUCACAAAAACCCCAGGAAGCCGCAAUACAGCAUGGCGGUGGACUACCCGCUGGUCCUGUACGACUGCCAGUUCGACGGCCUGAGCUGGAGGCGGGAGGCCGAGGAGCUGAGUCUCGCCCUGUCUUCGCUGCAGCAACACUGGACGCAGAGCGCAGUCAAGGCCCACGUCCUCCGCGACAUGAUUCGAGGCUUGGACGCUACGGGCGGCGGGGUGUCGUCCGGCCAAUGCCUGCUGGUGGAAGGCAGCCGCCAGAGGAAGUACCGGCCCUUGCUGGAGCGCCCGCUCUGCGAGAGUCUGGAGUCGCGUAUCGAGCACUUUGUCAAGAGAGGCCGGCUGGAGCGGGAGGAGGGAGAGGAUGGUGGAGAAACGGUUCACAAAGGGAAGCGGCCCAAAUAUUCCAAGAAUUCCACACAUUCAGCUGUCGUGUCCGAGGUGUCCAAUGCAAAUCCUGAAUAGAAAUGCAUAAAAAAAGGACUUUUAUGAAUUA